AUGCUCCGCUCCGCGCCGAAUCCAAACCCCUGUACACCCUCAGGGCCGAAAGGCUGGUCGUCGUGCGCUUACGCCUGUCUCUUUGGCAUGUCGCCAUCACGUAGCGAGUUCGGCCCUGGAACAAAUACGAUAGUCUUCAAGCGCAACCACUCCUACCUCAUGCUUGGCGGGGCACGUGGGCGGAUGUCUUGGUGUCUUUGGCACCGGCUGGAGCGGCGACUCUACUUGGAUGUGGAUGAUGUGCGCUUCUCAAAGUCAGACGAGCUUGCCAUCGCGCACAGAUACUGGGACGACUACGUUGCAGAAACCGUCACAUUUGGGGAGCUAUACCAGUCUCGUAUCACAUCGACUCUGACCGCGUGCAUGGAGCACGUUUUCCCACAAUGGUACGAUGGACGCAUCAUCAUCAUUGGGGACGCCGCGCACAAGCUGGAUCCGACGUCCGGACAAGGAGCCAACGCGGCGCUCGAAACGGCGGCUGCGCUGGCCGACGGCCUUCGCCAGGGAAAGUUUGCCAGCGGACCGAAUCUCAGUCAUGACCUCGCGAGCAUCUUCGCCGACGUGCAGGCCAAGCGCAUGGGUAAGGUAAAGUGGCUUCUUGAGGACUCCACAAGACAGCAGCAGCUCAAGUCGAUGGUCACGCGGCCGCUGGAAGAAGUUGCGUUGCGCAAGAUCCCGAAGCUGCCGAUAGAGAGGGCCUUUGAAGGCUACAUCAACGCACUGGAUCCUGACGUGACUCACGAGCGUGAGGCUGGCAGCAAGCUGUGA